AAAAGGGUAAUAAUAUGUUAAAUUAUUUAUUUAUUUUUAUUUUCUCCGAACUAUUGUGCAUUUCCUUUAUAAACAAUAUAAAAGCUUACACCAGGAAUAUUUAAAUUAGUAUUGUUUCGACUACAAACCAAAAUGGGUCACACGUUUAUUACAUUGGUUUGUUCCCUAUUUGUGGCAACUACAUUUGCUGCUGUCCCCUCUUUUAUCAAACCUUGUGCAAUUUCUAAGGGAAAAUGUCCCACAAAAGAUGCAACUUUGACACUCAAAAGUAUUUUAAGUGGAAAUGCUGAAUAUGUCAUUCCCCCACUAAGUCCCUUCUUUCUUCCUUAUGUGGACAUAUCGGGAAAAUUCCUGUCUCUGAAACUAAAGGACACGAAGGUUUAUGGAUAUGAUUCUGCGUCCAUUACUCAUUUAGAAAUCAAUCCCACUAAACAAACCGGCAGAGUCGAAGUGAAUAUCGAUAAAACUGAAUCAAUUGGUGAUUAUACUCUUAAAGGAAAAAUUUUAAAUGUCGAUUUAAAUGGAGAGGGCAAAUCAAACUUUACCACUAUUGACGGCAAGUACAUCUGGGAUUUCUCUUAUAAUCUAAUAGAAAAAGACGGAAAACAAUAUGCAAACAUAACAACUCAUAAAAUGGACUUUAAAAUUAAACGAGUUUAUUUUCGGUUCGAUAAUCUUGUUAAAGGAAAUGAUGAAUUAACUGAAAAAACGAACAAUCUUCUGAAUGCCAAGUGGGAAACGGUUAUGAACGAUAUUGGAAAUGGUGUAGCAAUUGGAUUUUCCAGUGUGUUCCAUUAUAUUGCCAAUAGUUUUUUCUCAACCAUUCCAUUCAAUGAAAUCACUAAGUCAUAAAGAUAUUAAAUAUUUUUUACAAAAAUAUAUAAAUAAUAAUAAAUAAUAUGAAAAUUUUGAA